CACUUUCAUGAGCAAGCAUUAUUCUCAAACAAUUCAUAAAAGGUUUGAGAGAGAAAAAAAUGACGAUGAUGGGGGGAAUAUGGUCUCUAGGUGGCUCAUUGCAGAUUGCUACCAUAGUGUUUCUUUGGAAAAUAUUAGAAAUAUAUUUCCCUGGUCAUCUUCGUAGCUCCAUCAUAAGUUACAGUAUGAAAUUGGCGAGUCUCGUGAGCCCCUAUAUCUAUAUUAGGUUCCCUGAAUUCAUAGGCGACAGUGAGGAGUACAUGGGUGUCAAGCGUAGUGAUGCCUAUGCUGCCAUUGAAACAUACCUCAGUGGAAAGUCCUCCAGGGAAGCUAAAUAUCUUAAGGCAGUAGAUGUCAAAGACAGCAGUCAACCUGUACAACUGAGCAUGGACGAGAACGAAGGAGUUACUGAUGAAUUUGAAGGGGUAAAGCUUUCGUGGGCUGUCAAUAAAGAAUACACAAGAACCCAGCAGUCAUUUUCAUUCUACCCGCAGAUGGACGAGAAGAGGUAUUACCAGCUCACUUUCCAUAAGUCGCACAGAGAUUUUGUUAAUGGGACUUACAUCAAUCAUGUAAUUCAAAAGGGGAAGGCAAUAACGGUGAGCAAUCGACAAAGGAAGCUGUACACUAACAAUCCUAGCCAGAGUUGGGAAAGGUACAGAGCACGGAAAUGGAGCCAUGCGACAUUUGAGCACCCAGCAACUUUCGACACUUUGGCCAUGGAGUCAAAGAAAAAGUUGGAAAUCGUCAAUGACCUCGAAAAGUUCAGCAAGGGAAAAGACUACUACAAAAAGAUUGGCAAGGCCUGGAAGCGCGGCUAUCUUCUUUAUGGUCCUCCUGGAACUGGUAAGUCAAGCAUGAUUGCUGCCAUGGCCAACCACUUGGAGUAUGAUAUCUAUGAUCUUGAAUUGACAACGGUUAUGAACAACACAGAGCUGAGAAAGCUUUUGAUCGAAACCACAGGUAAGUCGAUCAUUGUGAUAGAAGAUAUUGAUUGUUCACUUGAUCUUACGGGUCAACGAAAGAACGAAAAAAAGAAAGCGAAGGAUGAAGAAGUCAAGGAUCCUAUUAGUAAAAUGACCAAAGGUGAAGAAGACAGCAAUAGUAAGGUCACUCUCUCUGGGUUGUUGAAUUUUAUAGAUGGGCUUUGGUCUGCUAUUGGGGGAGAGAGGAUCAUUGUUUUCACAACUAAUUACGUGGAAAAGCUUGAUGCGGCUCUCAUUAGGAGGGGACGUAUGGACAAGCACAUAGAAUUGUCUUAUUGUGGCUUUGAAGCAUUCAAGGUUCUUGCCAAAAAUUACUUGGAUGUUGACUCACACCCUUUGUUUGCGACUAUUGGCCACUUGUUGGAGGAAACCAAUAUUACUCCUGCUGAUGUUGCUGAGAAUUUGAUGCCUAAGUCACUGAAUGAAGAUGCUGAGGCUUGUUUGAAGAAAUUGAUUGAAGCUAUUAAGACGGCCAAAGAGGAAGCAACAAAGAAGGCUGAGGAAGAGGCACGGUUAAAGGCAGAGAAAGAAGAGAAAGAGAAGCUAGAAGCUACUCAAGAAGAUGUGAAAAUUGAUAAGUCUUUAGCUAAAGAUGUGAAAGAGAAUGGUGUUGAAGUUGUGAAAGAUGAUAAGACGUUGGCUAAUGAGGUGAAAGAAAAUGGAGUCACCGCCUGAAGUUAACUAGCAUACAAUUAGGAAUGACGUGAAUAGGUGUUAUUGUGUGCUCUGCAUUAUAUGUAUAAUAAAAUAGGUUGAAUGGAGGUCGUGUAAUAAGUUGAAUAGCUUGGUGUACUAGGUUUUUGUGUAAUAGGUUCA